AUGGCAGAUAAUCCAUUCACGGAUGAGCUAGCUGAUGUCGAACUUCCUAUUUUGCAAGACGAACCAAAGAAGGAUAAAAAGCCUGCACCAGCUCCAUCAGCAAGUAGCUUAGGAAAUAGUAAAGAAGAUUUGAAAGAAAGAUAUGAAGCACUUAAGAAGCGUGAAGAAUCAAUUAAAAAGCGCAGACAAGAUCUUACAAAUCAGGCAGAACAAGGCCCACAACAGAAUUGGCCAUCUUUCUUCCCAAUUUUAAGAUACAGUCCUGAGAUUGAUCUUCCACAAGCUGCAAGAAGAUGUGUCAAGUUAUGCUUUAUUGGCCUCAUUAUCUUCACGAUACAUACAUUUUGGAACAUCGUAGCUGUUCUUAGCGUUAAAGGAAUUUCAGACUAUAAAUUAACUAAAAAUAUUGUCAUGGGAAUACUUCAAGGUGUUGCAGGAUUUUAUGUAUUCCUUAAAUUCGGCUACCAAUCCCUUUACGUUUGCUGCGCAAAGCAUGAUAUUCAGAUUCGUUGGACAGUUAUACAGAUUGCUAUCAUUGGUUGGAGCAUUUAUCUACUUAUUGGAUUCCCAGACAGCGGCUGUGUCGGAAUUGCCGUGUUCCUCGAUCUAAUCGCAAAAUCUACUUCUGUUUGGGCGAAAAUCGCUGCUUUUGUCAAUACUGCUCUCCUUGGCUCGAAUUUGUUCUGCCAGUUCGCAACAUUCCUUCAAUCUCAACAAUACCAGAAAGUUAGCGGAAAAGAAGAUAACGCUCAACUUACAAACCCAGAUCAGAUAGAUACACCUUUGAAUCUUUAA